CCUCCAUCCAACCCUGUGCCGCAGCCGCAUCGCCACCGCAGCCUAGGCAGAGCCCAGUCGGCCCAGGCCCCUGUCUCUGCCUGGCCUUAGCUCCCCGCCCCCCCGCCGCGCACCUUAUCCGCACAUCCUUCGGAGGUCUAGCCCGGUGCCCCCAGACCCCGGCCUCCAGGACAGAGGCAAGAGGCAGAGAGCAGCAGCGGAGGCGGGAGGACGAAGAAGGGGAGGAGGAGCCCGUCGCAGGAUGAAGGAUCGGACUCAGGAGCUGCGGAGUGCGAAAGACAGUGAUGAUGAAGAGGAGGUGGUCCACGUGGAUCGAGACCACUUUAUGGAUGAGUUCUUUGAGCAGGUGGAAGAGAUCCGAGGCUGCAUCGAGAAGCUGUCUGAGGAUGUGGAGCAAGUGAAGAAACAGCAUAGCGCCAUUCUUGCCGCCCCCAACCCCGAUGAGAAGACUAAACAGGAGCUGGAGGACCUCACAGCAGACAUCAAAAAGACGGCAAACAAGGUCCGGUCCAAGUUGAAAGCGAUCGAGCAAAGCAUUGAGCAGGAAGAGGGGCUGAAUCGUUCCUCUGCGGACCUGCGCAUCCGCAAGACCCAGCACUCCACACUCUCACGGAAGUUCGUGGAGGUAAUGACCGAAUAUAAUGCAACUCAGUCCAAGUACCGGGACCGCUGCAAGGACCGCAUCCAGAGGCAGCUGGAGAUCACUGGCAGGACUACUACCAAUGAAGAACUGGAAGACAUGUUGGAAAGCGGGAAGCUGGCCAUCUUCACGGAUGAUAUCAAAAUGGACUCACAGAUGACGAAGCAAGCUCUGAAUGAGAUCGAGACAAGGCACAACGAGAUCAUCAAACUGGAAACCAGCAUCCGAGAGCUGCACGACAUGUUUGUGGACAUGGCCAUGCUCGUAGAGAGCCAGGGUGAGAUGAUCGACCGAAUUGAGUACAACGUGGAACAUUCCGUGGACUACGUGGAACGAGCCGUGUCCGACACCAAGAAAGCUGUGAAGUAUCAGAGCAAGGCCAGGAGGAAGAAAAUUAUGAUCAUCAUUUGCUGUGUGGUGCUGGGGGUGGUCUUGGCGUCAUCCAUUGGGGGGACACUGGGCUUGUAGGCCCCUACCCUUCUCUUCCCCAGGACCCUCCCCACACAUCGGGAGCAAUACCCCCCCGCCCCGACCCUUUCACCUUUUCCCUGCUCCAAGCUCACUCCCAAAACAGACCCAGGCAGUUCCAGCCACUCUCACCCUCAUGCAGACCCUGGAGUCCCUGGCUCUCACCUUGCCGCACAUAGAUAGCAGCAGGCGUGAUCACACAUGCACACCAACAUGCAUGCCGAGGGCACAUGCUCAAGACGUGUGGACACCCCAGCGUGUGUGUACUUGUGUAGAUGUAUGUAGAUGCCCCGACCCUCUUGCUGCCACCUUCAUCCUGUGUGGUCUGAACUUUCCUCUCUAUCCGGCUGCUGUGCUGACUGUAGCAGCCCACCAUGGCCCAACCUGUCCUGUGUGAAUAGACAUGGAUAGUGUGUGUGUGUGUGUGUGUGUGUGUGUGUGUGUAGAUCUGUGCCCAUACAGUGUAUGUACAUUGAGUUUUGUGAGUGUGAAAACCCAAUGCAAAAGCAAUUCCUCCACUGACCUUCUCUCCUAUCUGCUACAUCUGGAGUGGGAGGAAUGUGUGAGGAGGAUUCACAUCCU